CAACGCCGCGAGAGGUGCGUGACGGCAGUCAGUAGCCGCGCGAGGUUGCUCGUCUCGCCGAGGCCCAUGCUCUGUGGGGAACCUGCUCCGUGGGUCACACAACUGAGACUUGCCAAUGGAUUUGCAUGUUUGCCACCGUGUCAGGUGCCGGGCUAGCGGAGCAGAGGCGUGGACCCACGGGCAGUUAGCCGACCUCGCGGGAGACCUCCGGACCCCCAAAGCCGGCUUUUGGCUGUGGGGAGUGGGGAGACCUUGAGGGGAGCGUUGAUCCCGCCUCUGGGCCACCCAGGAUGGGAAUUCUAGUAAAGCUGGACGGAGGCGUGGGUGGCACAGAGUCGGGCAUCUUUUUGGCGUUCAUGAGUUGAACACCAUUCAGGGCAGGAUGGAGAAAGGUCCAUAUGCUUCAGCUGUGCACUUUCUGUGAGAUCCUGACCACUUCCUUCCUGAUGUACCCCAUGCUCAGAACCAUUAGCCUGCAGCUGCACUCAGCUAUCACUGGCAGCUAUGUUUCUGGCACCCACUCCAUUGUCUUUGUCAACUGUCCCAAUGAGCAAAUUGCCAAAGACAUUGCCAGAGCAAUACUGGAUAAGAAGCUGGCUGCCUCUGUGAACAUCCUGCCCAGAGCUGCUUCACUAUACUUUUGGAAAGGAGAAAUUGAAGAAGCCACUGAGAUCCUGUUGUUAAUAAAAACAAAGACUUCCAAGGUCCUUCUGCUGUCCAGCUAUAUCAGGUUGGUCCAUCCUUUUGAAAUCCCGGAAGUCUUCAGUCUUCCCAUGGACCAUGGAGAUGUACGGUAUUUAAAGUGGCUUGAGGAGGGUAUGGAGGAAGACUAAGUGGGAGAAGCUUCUGCGUGUGUGGCC